UGUUGCCAUAGGUUGAGAGUUCUGCCUUACGCCACCUGCAGUCAGAUCUCCAUAGAUCCUUUUUUGGACAGAAAGAAAAAGCCAAAGUGCAUGAAGAAAUGCGUAGCCGGAAGCGAAACCUAUAAUUAUAUCUCAUUUCCUUUUCCAUUUCUUUGCAAUUUGUUUGUUUAUUUUUAAGAGGUGUUUUACGACGAUGGCCGUCACUGAUAUUGAAGAUGCUGUUACAGACGAAGAGAAGAUUCGCAUUGCAUCAGAUUUCAUUUUGCAUUCACCUCCUGGAGAAUUCAAUGAAGUUUUUAAUGAUGUCAGAGUGCUAAUAAAUGAUGAUUAUUUGUUGAAAGAAGGUGCUUCUGGUGCCUUUGCUCAAUAUAAUAAGGACCAGCUGACUCCUGCGAGAAUUGAUGGAUCCAAUUUCCUUGCAUUAAUUACUGACUUCAACGAUUUGGGUAAUGGGAGGUUUUAUGAUCCUCGAUCAGGUCAAUCAUUCAGGUAUGAUCAUUUACGUAAGGAAGCCACUGAAUUUAAAGAGCAUGAACCUGAUCAAAAAACUGAAACCUGGAGAAGAGCUUUAGAAGAAGCAUGCACUUUAUAUACACAAGAUUACUAUAGAAAUGGAACUUGUUCUGUUUUUAGUAGUACUGAGGACCAAAACAUAGUUUUAACAGCUUGCAUUGAAGAUCACCAAUUUGAACCCAAAAAUUUUUGGAAUGGUAGAUGGCGUAGUAUUUGGUCUCUAACAUUUUCUCCUGGAUCAACAUCUGCAGAAAUUCAAGGCAUAAUAAAAGUUCAGGUGCAUUAUUAUGAAGACGGCAAUGUUCAACUUGUAAGCAGCAAAGAAGUUAAGGAAACUAUAAAUAUAACAACUGAACAGCAAACAGCUAAUGAAUUCAUUCAAGUUGUUGAAGAAGCUGAAAGUGAAUAUCAGGUUCGUAUUUUCUGUUUUAAGACGUUCAAUGUGAACUCCAAGCAAAAUAACGUGAAUAUGGCACAAACGUCUCUUCUGUACUUUUAUUUGUGUUUUAUUCAUGUGUUUUUUACCAUUUUUCUUGUUUUACAUCUAUUAUCAUCAAACUUCUUUUUUUUUUCAACAGAAGAUCAGGCAUACUUUGUGCUUUGUUGACUAAAGCAAAAAACA